UAUUAUUACAAGAACAGCAGUAUAAAUACUCAUUCCAGGUAUUGCUUAUGUAAUAACUCUCACACCAGAGCAAAUUAAGAAGCCAUGAAAAUCAAACUUGUCUUACUCUUUGUCUUCCCGUUACUCUUUUCUGAGCCAAGUUGUUGCCAGAUUUUUGCUUGUAACAAGAACAAUCCUGAGAGCCAAUUUCCCUUCUGUAACACAUCUCUUUCCCAUCAAGACCGAGUUAGUGAUCUUAUAUCGCGCUUGACUCUCCAAGAAAAGGCGCAACAAUUAGUAAACCAUGCAUCAGGAGUUCCUCGUCUAGGCGUUCCGGCCUACGAAUGGUGGUCUGAGGCGCUUCACGGGGUAUCAACUUUCGGCUACGGUGUGCAUUUCAAUGAAACAGUGCCUGGAGCAACUAACUUCCCUGCUGUGAUUCUGUCUGGGGCUACUUUUAACGAGACAUUAUGGUUAAAAAUGGGCCAGGUUGUCUCAACCGAGGCUCGUGCCAUGUACAAUGUCGGUCUGGCCGGGUUGACAUACUGGAGCCCGAAUGUGAACCUGUUUCGUGAUCCAAGAUGGGGUCGCGGUCAAGAAACAGCAGGAGAAGAUCCAUUGCUUGUGUCAAGCUACGCUGUAAACUACAUUAAGGGAUUGCAAGAAUCUGAAGAAUGGAGUUCAUUUGGCGAUAAGAGACUCAAGGUUUCGAGUUGCUGCAAGCAUUAUACGGCUUAUGAUCUUGAUCACUGGAAAGGCAUUGAUCGUUUAAGCUUUGAUGCCAAGGUGACGAAACAGGACAUGGAAGAUACGUAUCAACCCCCGUUUAAAAGCUGCGUAGAAGAAGGUCAUGUCAGUAGUAUCAUGUGCUCUUACAAUAGGGUGAAUGGAGUUCCUACAUGUGCUGAUCCUCAUUUGCUUAAAGGAAUUAUCAGAGACCAAUGGAAUCUUGAUGGAUACAUCGUCUCUGACUGUGAUUCCGUCGAGGUUUAUUAUAGGAUGAUCAACUAUACAGCAACUCCUGAAGACGCAGUAGCCCUUGCCUUGAAAGCCGGUUUAAAUAUGAACUGUGGAUAUUUUUUUGGCAAGUAUAUAGAAAAUGCGGUGAAACUAAAGAAAGUGGAAGAAUCUAUUGUAGACCAGGCAUUACUCUACAAUUACAUAGUUCUAAUGAGACUUGGAUUCUUCGAUGGAGAUCCGAAAUCACUCCCAUUCGGAUAUCUUGGGCCUUCUGAUGUGUGCAAUGACGAUCAUCAGACGUUAGCACUUGAUGCAGCAAGACAAGGAGUAGUCCUGUUAGACAAUAAGGGAGCUCUUCCGUUGUCUAAGAACGACUUUGUUGCCAAGAAUUUAGCCGUUAUAGGACCGAACGGAAAUGCAACUAUUGCUAUGUUAAGCAGUUAUGGAGGUAUACCCUGCAAGUACACCACCCCUUUACAGGGCCUGCAAAAGUAUAAUCAGUUCAAGAAAAUUACUUUUCAGGCAGGUUGUCCUUUCGUGAAUUGUACCGAUGAGUCACUUAUCAAGGCAGCAACGGUGGCUGCAGGUUCUGCUGAUGUGGUCGUAUUAGUCGUAGGUCAUGACCGGACUAUUGAAUGGGAGGGUUUAGACAGAGAGAAUUUGACGUUGCCAGGGUUUCAACAGAAACUUGUUAUGGAUGUGGUAAAUAAUGUGUCAAAUGGAAUUAUAAUCCUUGUGAUCAUGUCAGGAGGACCUGUUGACAUUUCCUUUGCCAUAAAUGAGAAAAAAAUUGGAGGAAUUCUUUGGGUCGGAUUUCCUGGUCAAGACGGAGGAGAUGCCAUUGCUCAAGUCAUAUUCGGAGAUUACAAUCCAGCUGGCAGGUCCCCAUUUACCUGGUACCCAAAAGAAUAUGCAGAGCAAGUAGCAAUGUCGGACAUGAACAUGAGACCCAACCUUGCAAAGAAUUUUCCUGGAAGAACCUACAGAUUCUUGAAAGGCAAUCAAAUAUAUGAAUUUGGUCACGGUCUAAGCUACUCAACCUUCACCAAAUCCAUCAUCUCUGCUCCUUCUACAGUCUUGGUACAAGCAAAUACUACCAGCAAUCACUCUAUUGACAUAUCAAACAUAAACUGCAGCUAUUUGCAUUUUGAAAUAGUCAUUAGUGUGAAAAACGAUGGCCCGAUGGACGGAGACCACGUGGUGCUCGUGUUUUGGAUACCUCCCGAUGAAGCGAGAGCGAAAAGCGGUGCACCAAAUCUGCAAUUGGCUGGAUUCAGAAGAGUAAAACUUGGCAAAGAAGAAACAGAAAAUGUGAAUAUAAGAGUGAAUAUCUGCAAAAGCCUUACUUAUGCAGAUACUGAAGGGAAUAGAAGGUUGGAUUUAGGGCAGCAUACCCUUGCCAUUGGGACUAUUGGCGAGGGACAAUUGCUGCAUUUCAUGAAUGUUGAAGUGGCAAUUGGAAGUGAUAUAAUAUAUGUGUAA